UCACACCAUCAAAUCCUUCAUCUGAUCAUCUCCACCUCACACCAUCAUAUCUCAACACCCCUCACCACGUGUCACUCAGCAAUUGGCGAAAUCUAACGCAUCCACUCCACGUCUGCCUCCACCUCACCACACCCACGGCAGCAAAUCGCCAGAGUCAUCAUCAUCAGUUUUCACCUUCCAGCCAUUCAUCCAUCAUCAUCUAGUCCAUUCCAGAAACAAGCAAAAAAACGUCGUCUUUUUGGUUCAUGGUGGUUCAAGCUUCCGCAUUGCUGAUAAUAGUGUAGCAUUAAUCCCUCUUGGAAAACUAUGCCAUGGAGGCCCUCAAUGCAGCAAGCUUGACACCACUAUCUCUGCUCCGCAACAGAAGGGGAAGAAGACAGACCCAGAAGCAUUUCUCCUUCCUUCCAACUACAAUCAUCUCAUCGUCUUCAACCCACAAAUCAUCGACGAGUUCUGCUUCUUCCAGCACUAAGCCGGUACCAGCUGCCAUCCAUGGCGGUCUAAUGCUACUCUCCUCCCUCCUCGGCACCUCCCUCGCCAAGGCUUUAACCUACGAGGAAGCUCUGCAGCAAACGAUCGGCGGCGGCGGCGGCGGAGGGGACUCUGGUUUUGAUGUGAAUGGGUUUGUGGACAGCAUAAUCGGGUUCGGAACCGAUAACCCAAUUGUGGUUGCUGCAGGAGGUGCUGCUGCCUUGGGGGUUCCUCUGGUUCUGUCUCAGUUUCAAAAGUCGCCCAAAUCGUUUGGGAUUGAGUCUGCUAAAAAGGCUUAUGCGGUGCUGGGUGAAGAUCCCACUGCUCAAUUGCUUGAUAUCAGAGCUCCUGCGGAGUUGAGGCAAGUGGGUACUCCUGAUGUUAAGGGUUUGGGGAAGAAGACGGUGUCGAUUGCUUAUAAGGGUGAAGACAAGCCUGGUUUCUUGAAGAAGUUAUCUUUGAAGUUCAAGGAACCAGAAAACACCACAUUGUUCGUUUUGGACAAGUUCGAUGGGAACUCUGAAUUGGUUGCGGAAUUGGUGUCUGUAAAUGGAUUCAAAGCUGCUUAUGCGAUAAAAGAUGGGGCAGAAGGACCCAAGGGCUGGUUGGUGUGUACUAAAUUCCUAGCUAUUGUUUCUAAUGUUAGAGUCCAAAUCAUUCUAGAUGGAACUGCAUAGUACAUUUGAGAAAUUGUUCUUCUGUUCUAUCUGUGUAUUUGUUUUCCAGAGUAGCAGUCUUCCCUGGACAGCACCAAGUAAAGGACUGAGUUUCGAUUUGAGCAAUUUGACAGAGGCUCUCAGUGGUGUGGUUGGAGAAGGCGUUGAUGCCUCGUCUCUCGCUUUAGGAGCUGCAGCCGCUGCUGGUUUGGGUGCUCUGGCUUUCACAGAGGUAGAAACGCUACUCCAACUACUAGGCUCAGCAGCAAUCAUCCAGUUCGCGAGCAAGAAACUCCUGUUUGCAGAGGACCGGAAGGAAACUCUUAAACAAGUUGAUGAAUUCUUGACUACAAAGGUUGCACCAAAGGAGCUUCUCGGUGAGAUACAGCAAAUUGGGCAAGCUCUUCUCCCAUCAACCGGAAAUAGCAAAUCGCUUCCUGCACCAGUUGAGUCCAGUCCAGAACCCGCUACUAGUACUGAAGAGACUAUUCAGAAAGCAGAAGCAACUGUUGCAGAACCACCUCCACAGGUCAAUGAAGAGACUAUUCCGAAAGCAGAAGCAACUGCUGCAGAACCACCUCCCGUGGUCAAUUCCGCACCAAAACCAGAAGUUAAAGCAGAAUCGGUUCCUGGUUUAUCAAGGCCACUGUCACCUUAUCCAUCAUAUCCAGAUUGGAAGCCUCCAGCAUCACCUUCUCCAUCAAAGCCCUGAAAUGUGAACGAUCUUGCGGAUUUCUCCACAGAAUGGGUUUCUCCUGCAGAAUAUGCGGAGCUAGAAGAAAGAUUCCAUGUCAUAUUGCGUGAGAGUUAAGAGCCAUUAAAAAUGGGAUCAAACUUGUGUUGUUAGUGUAUGUUAUGAAGUUCCACGGGAAUUCAGUAGUACUUUUCAUUAUUGUUGUAUAAGAACUUGUACCAUGCAAAUCGAAUUACAUGGGCUGAUCGUGUAAAUCUGUUGGAGAGUAAUAAGCAAGGAAACAUGGGUUAACAGAAAGGGGAUAUGUAACAGGAAGCCUGAGACUCGGGCUUUCUUAUCGCACCCUCACAAGUUGAGGGUUGGUGGCCUUCAAUUUGGCACAGAAGUGGUGAAACCGUAGGCGGGGAAGGAGCUUGGUGAGGACUCCAACUGUUAGCUUGACACCAAAAGUUGAAGCCCUCGAACCAUAACUAAAGCAAUUGAAUGCAAAACACAAAUGACGUGAUUUAUCCUUGCAGAAUACAAGACCUCCGUGGGAAAGAAUGUGCUUUGUUCUAUUGAUUAUUGCUUGCUGAGUUUCAUCACACAAACUGAAAGCAAAGAAGCAAGUUCAGACACCACCAGGUGACAGCAGCUGAUGUACAAAUUUCUGGACCGGUUCAACCAAUUAGUUUCGUCACUUUCAUAGAUUCCAUGUAUUCACUCAAUUAAUUAACACAUGGCCAACAGCUACAGAGUAGAAAAGGUCAAGAAGUUCUCACCAUAUAUGAAUUUACUUAUCGCAACUUCAUAAUAAUAUUAAGGAACAAGCCCUUUGUAAAGAUCCAGAAAGAGAACGUGUUUCUUUGUUUCAUAUCUGUUCAUUGCUACCGAGCAAGUAGAUGCUCUGCUGUUUCUUUGACUCAAAGCAUUCAAAAUUCUGGUUUUGUGAUCUGGGAGACACCUGGGAAGUCCAUUGUUUCUCCAAUGACGAAGCACAUCCACCCCAAAGAAGACUUCUAUUUGAAUUACCAACGUUCCCUUGGCCGGCCAUCAGGGAGCAUGGGGGACAAUGGCUUAUCCUCAUCUCUGCCUGAGCUGCUACGUGCUGGCCGGCUGAGUGUCUUACCUACAUUGAUCUUCAACAUCAUGGCCUCAUCACCAUCUUCAUCGAAAUCCGGUGGUAUUGUCUCGUCCUCUUCAUCACUCCAAUCAUCUUCAGAGUCGUCGUCUCCAUCGUCCAGGAAACUGUCGAUGUCGGACCAAUCUUCACCUUCCUCGCCACUUACACCUCCUUGCAUAUCAUCAUCAGUUUUCUCUUCACCACCACCACCGUCUUCUCUAGUCUCACCCCGCCUAGCAAAUCUAGGAACAUUCACAAGAGACCUAAGCUUCUCCUUGAUUAGCAACAUUCUGUCCUUGUCUAUCAAGUGAGAGUUAUUGUAUGCUUCCCUUAGAAACACCGAGUCUCUGUCACCUUUCAAAGACACAUAGAAAAGAUCAGGGUGCCUUAUUAUCAUCCCGCGUACCUGCUGGGAGAAUCUGAACUCCUCCCUAAAAUGGGUGAGGUGAUCCACCAAAGUCUUCUUCUCCACAGUCAGGCUCAAGAGCUCAUGAACGACCCCACAAGCAUGUUUCUCCUUCUCGGUUGUGCCCGACCUCAAGUGGGAGAAAUCGGCAUAAGGCGAGAUGUAAGGGAUCUCAUUGAACCUGUUUAUCUUUUUCAACUCGCCUCUUGAAAGCUGCAAGCCCCUGGGCAACUUAGGUCGAUUGAACUUGAGCGGUCUAUCGAUGAUUAAAUCCUUCUCUUCAAGCUCUUUAGCCCGCUUCUCCUCAGCAGAUAACUCCCAAGCCGAUACAGCAAGCUCUGGAUCCCAGUGAGUUAGUUCCAAUGCAGGCCCCCGCUCGGUUGGAACAACUAUGAAGUACUGUGGGUACCUACGGCAAAUCGUAUCACGAAAUUCUAGUGGAAGUCCUAAAUCAGUCUUCAGAUGUGCAAUUUUCUCCAGCAAGAUCCUCUUUUCCAGAGACAUCAUCAACAAUUUUCUCAACUUCACAACCAGCAGGUCCUCCAUUUCGUUCCUAACCUUCAGCUCCUCAAAAUACAGCCUCUCUGCCUCAGCAGUCAAUCUGAACUGCAACAAAUAAGCGCCUUCCUCCACAAUCUCAAACACGGCAGGGAAUUUCUUCAACAGGGCAAUGAACCUACGCUUCUUAUUCAAACCCAGCUCCUUCCUGAACCUACCCAUUUCCCUCAGCGCCAUAAUUCUAUCGGGCUGGCUCACUAGAAUCUUCCUUAUCUUGAGCACCAAUUUCAGCUUUUUAUCCCUUUGCACCACUUCAUCGAAAGGACGCUCCUUUCGCCUCUUCACUGCAGCUCUCACCGGUUCAAUCUGAACACGACUUCUCCUCGCAGAACCAUUCGAACAAAUUCCAUCUUCAAGCAAACUGUUGCCCCAAAAUAGGGACUUUUCUAUACCGCACGUUGGAGGGGAGAGAUGAGAUUUGAUGCGGAAAUUGGGUUUUAGGUCUCGACCGAAAUGGAAUUUACAUGAAGGGAACAAAGGCAGAGAACAUGUAGAAAGGGAGGCACUCGAAGAAGAAGACAGCAACAGAUUCAUAUCCAUGAAGUGAAGAAUCAAAGCUUCACUGCAUAUCAGUGGAGAACUUUAAAUGGGAAGGGACGAAUGAACUGGAGAUGAAGAAGAUGUUACCUGAAAUCUGAUCCUGUUUGAAGAAACCCAGUAGAGACUGAGAGAGGGAGUAGGGUUUUGGUUUGUAUGAGCUGAUUAU